GCCCAUGAUGUGUACAUAAUACGGCACAACGGCUAGUGUCCAGUGAGUGUCCUUGGGGAUUAGGGGCAACUCCCGACCGGGGGACCCCACCACGGUUGAUUGGGCGACCACUCACAGUUUAUUGGCAACAGUUUUUGGCCGCCUUCAAGCCCGCUGGGCGCCGACGAAGCAACGAGAUUUAAUUUCUGUCCUGUUGACUCUACAACUCGUCUUUUUCGGACCUAACCAAACUCGGUGCCUCACUUUCCCGCAUCUCCUUCUCGACCACAUCCGCGUCUCUCUGCUUCUUCUUGAGCGUCUUUUCCAACGACUUUUUCCUUUUUCCUGAGCGCGCAUUUCGAUCGUUCCGACUGCCAUAAGAAGCUCCAUCCGCAAGGCCACACAAAAACCACAAAACACACAGACAAGAUGGGCGAAUCCAGACAGGAACUCAUCCAGUGGCUGAACCAGCUUCUGUCUCUCAACAUCACAAAGGUCGAGCAAUGCGGUACCGGCGCGGCCCUCUGCCAGGUUUUUGACAGCAUCUUCAUGGAUGUUCCCAUGUCCCGUGUCAAGUUCAAUGUCAACAGCGAAUAUGCCUAUAUUCAGAACUUCAAGGUCUUGCAGAAUACCUUCACCAAGCAUCAGGUCGACAAGCCGAUCCCCGUCGAGGCGCUGGUCAAGUGCAAGAUGCAGGACAACCUCGAGUUCCUGCAAUGGACCAAGAGGUUCUGGGACCUGAACUUCCCCGACCACGAGUACGACGCCGUCGCCCGGCGAAAGGGUGCUCCCGUCGCCUCGGGCGGCGGCCCCGCGCCCCGUGCCGCGUCCGGCUCCGGUGGCGCUGCCAGACGAGGAGGUACGACCCCCUUGGGCGGCGCCCGUGUCGCCAAGGCGGCGGGCCCCGGCACUGCGGCCCUCCAGCAGGAGAACGCCACCCUCAAGGAGACAGUCGUCGGCCUCGAGCGCGAGCGCGACUUCUACUUCAGCAAGCUCCGCGACAUCGAGCUCCUGGUGCAGCAGGCAGUGGAGGAGGACCCCGAGCUGGAAAAGCAAGAAGACGGCCUCGUCAAGCAGAUCCAGACCAUCCUGUACUCGACGGAGGAGGGUUUCGAGAUCCCUGCAGAGGGCGAGGCUGUCGACGACCAGGAGACUUUCUAGAGGGUGUAAAAGGUGCAUUGGGGGUGUUGGGGGCAACGAGGCAAAAGCACACAUGGGGUUGGCGCUAGUGCAAAUACCCAGAGGCACGUAAUAAUCAAUAUAUUGGCGGUGAUGAGGCGGAGUAGUACUCGAGCACUCGAGGCCGAAGUCGGUCAGGGCUUGUGGCGGUCCCGUCCCGCACGAGCUGUCGUGAUAAAAAUCAAAACAUUUUGGUCUGGAGCUUCAAAUCACGUUAUCACGUGGCCUACUCGUGGCGUGUCUACCGUGUUAGUAGGCAGAUGAAUCAUUCUAUAAAUUCAGCUGGGUCGUGCUCCGAGUGACGGUAUACGGGUUCGACCUUGAUCAUGUCCGGGGA